UGGCACUAACAUUAUAGGUUGUUAGGAUGCUAUUUAGGUAAUUUAACAUGUUAUGACGAAUUUUGGGGACUAACUUUGGCUUGGUGAUUAAAAGACCCGAAAGACCCAUGCUAUGAGAAUACACCUUAAUUCUAAAGACAUAAUUAUCUGUUCCCUUAAGGGAUGUUUGUGGUUCUGUUGAAUAUACCUGUUAUACUUUUUUGUUGAAGGUUAGCAUUUUCAGAAAUAAUGGAUAGCCAAGAACCUUGUAUUUUACCUCGAAACGUUUUAUUUGAUGAGUUGUAUAACGUUUCAAGUUUUUCCGCAUUGCGCGCGUAAGCGUGAGAUUUUGUUUUCCAAAUCUAGUCCACAUUUCAAAAGUCUCAUUACUUAACCAGAAGGUAUGUGAUUUUCAAACUCAUUGCCGUUUUUCAGCUACCUACAAUGUUUAAAGAAGAUCAUUUCCCGGGGUUCUACUCUUUUAAAGAAUUCGCGAGAUUGAGAUGACGAUUUUCAAGUGAAAAUGAAAUGUUCAUUCAAAACGCAACAAUACCCACGAAAAGAUUGCGUGGUUUGUUAUAUUUUGACUCUUCUAAAGCCCAGAUUAAUUUCCUGCGGUUUGUUUGUGUAGAAAGAGAUAUGGAUAAAGAGCACAUUUUUGUUGUAUGCAAAGUUGAAGUUAUGUCCACAGCAUUAGUAAAACGUCAAUUGCAGAUGACCAGUUCAAAGAGUUUAACAAAAAUUUAUUCUUAUAACACGUUUGUUCGCGCUAGAACAAAUCAGCAUUUACCAAAACCGCCUUACAUCAAUGAAUGAAAGGUCCCUGCGGCAUCGUAUUUUACCAGAAAACGGGUAUUUAUUAUAGAAGACGGUAGGAUUUACAAAUGAGGUACUUUCAAAGAAACCUGUUUAAAUAAAGCAUGCUGCUUGGUGACUGAUUUUGUAAGGGAGCAAUUUGUGAUUAUUUGAAAUGUCGCCGACUCACAUGAGAUGGAUAGCCACAUCCCUACUCUUACUUGUCACAUUCACCUACAUCGUCACGCAAUCCUCCAGCUGUGGCAGCAACAGGUUUGACAUCGACAGAAACCACCAACAGCAUGCUGCCAUGACAGGUCACGUGAUCGAAACGCACAGGGUACCUAAUAUCGUUGAGUGUUUCCGUCGCUGCCAGCAGAAAUGUCUCUGUUUGUCGUUUAAUUACGCGGGGGAUCUGUGGUCAAAUGGGUCAUGUGAGUUGAACAGUAAAGAUGGAAUGGAACAUGCGCAGGACGUCCGGAGAAAGGAAGGCUCGAUUUUCUAUAACCUCAACCGAGAGGUGGGCCUGCGAUGUUCGUUCAGCUUAUCAUGUUGUGACUAUGACAACCCGUGUCAACAUGGAGGAACUUGCUCGCCUACGUGUAGCACUAGCGGUCUACGGUUUAAAUGUUACUGUGGAUACGGCAAAAAGGGAGAUUUGUGCGAGACUAUUGACACUUCAUAAACAUUCUCCUGGGAGUAACUAAAAUUCCCUUUACUUUGCAGUUGAGGGGUACCAUGCUUUGUAUUUUUAUGGGUUUGUGGCAAAAAGGGUAUGCUACUAAAGAGUCCAGAGAACAACGCCGUCAUUGGUGGGAGAGGGGGGGGGGGGGGGGGGAGCAGCAAUAGAAUAGAAUCCCAAGGACAAGAACAGCGAAGAAACCUUUUUACCUGAGUCACAGAGUGGGAAUCUAAAUUUUCCCUUGCAAAACGUAUACUCUUUCACAAAAUAAAAUAUUGAAUAAUACUUUAUUUACUUAAAGUGCGCGUGUAUGAAAGUUUGUAUGAUUGCGAUUAUCUUAGAUUGAGACUAAUAUAGUUCCACAUAACAAAGCGUUUGUUGGGGAUUUGUAGUCUAUCAAGAUUGUGUGCGUGAAAAGUUUUAUAGUUUUAAUUCCAAGAUACAGUUCGCAAGCCGUAUAAAGGCCGUCGCCAAAUGUGGCUACACUCUCAAAGGUGAUGGGUUUGAAAAAAAGAAACAGUAUACCGAAUAUCAGAUUCAGUUUCUAGAGCAUUUAGCAGUAGUGAUCAUGAGACAUGUAUAGAAGCAAAACAAUUUAAAGCUUAAAAGCAGUAAAGUAAUAGAAAACCCCGAUGCAGGUUUUUGUCUUGAGAAAACUGCAGGGUGGGUUCCACUGACUUAAAUGGUUUUAUUUCAGAUUAAACAUAUAUAGAUCCAAACGUUUUACCUGAAUAAACACAAAAUUCAUAACUUUAUAAUAUUCUUAAAUAUUUGACUAGUCUAUUCAAUAGUUACCCACAAAAUUUCCAAUAUCUGCAGGGUCGGGUUAACACUGCCCUCUUGCCUGCUAACAUUCUUCCGGUUUUCAAGGUCGUUAUUCCAAAGGCAAGAUCGGCUUCCCGAAGGCAAUAUCUUUUUUUAUUCGAAAACUUUCAUCACCGAGGGAAAAUCCCUAAAAGCAAAAACGUUCUUCCUAUGUCUAAAAUCGUUACUGAAAAGACAACCAUCGCUCUCGCGAGAAAAGCUUGGUUUUAUUUUUCCCGUAAAUAUGAUGAGCUAUUUCGAGAAUUUAUCGAGACUAUCGAGAAGAAUCUUAACGAAUUGUCUUAACGAAGUUGUUACUUUAGUGUCCCGAUGUGUGUGGGAAGUAUUGAGACAGAUGCGUAUAGUAGAAGAAUAACCCAAACAAGCACCCUAUCAUUGUGAUGAUACUAAAUUCACUAUAAAAGUUUAAUUUAAAUUGGCCGUAAGUUUGGCAUCUCUCUGUAAUCGAUUAAAAAUAAGUGAAGUUGAAUUUAGGUAUUUUUCAAAGUUCAUCAUCUUCCUUCUUUUGUAGCUGAAACCUCCUUCUUUUGAUAGUCAUAAGCUGUAUUAGCAACCUUUGUUCGAAUGAUUGGCAUGACCCUUUCCGCCAAGAUUUUUUAUUGUGCAAGUCGACAAUAAAUAAUCUAUUUUUAUGAAUUCUAAACAAAUUUUGAUGAAGGAAAUUUCUAGGUUACAAACGUCACAAAGAAUUCAGCUGCCAAUAAAAAGGGUUAAUAAAAUAUUUAUAUAACUAUCUUUUUCGGCUUUUCAGGGUUUAGAUUUGAAAAAAGAAAAAGCUCGCUUGACGAAAAACGUGCUCAUCCUGAAACUUAUCUUACGGAAAGUAUUCAAAUAUUUCAUCAUUCAAAUGGAUUUCCCGGCGAAAUAAAAAAAGAAUUGUAUAGAGGAUUUUUUAUUAUCUCCAGUCACAUUUUUAUUGGUAAAUAAAGAAAAUUCAUUGAAUAUUGAUUGAUUACCCAAAGUUUCUUAACCUUAUUAAUCUUUAACAAGUUGCCCCAACAAUAAGAAAUUAUUCUUUUAAUAUUGAAAAUAACCAACUUGGGCACAGGUGGAAACUUCUAUUGCUCAAAGAGAACUUACCUCGGUUUCGCUCCUUCAUUCAUUCAGCUAUCUGGAGUAAAAUGCAACAAUAUCCACUUUUUCUCCAAUGCCUUAAAGAGUUUGUUUUCCUGCUUCUAAUCCACGGAGCCUGGGGUGCUUCCACGGAAGAUGACCUGGGCUCAUCCAGACGAGUUACUAAGUCCAUAGGCGUCUUUCUCAAUGACACAGUUCUUGAUUCAAUCACCGUGAAGGAUGCAAUGGAGUGCUGGUUUUCCUGCCUUCGUGAACCUGCUUGCAAAUCGAUCAACAUUGCUGUGAAGCCGAGUGAAGAAGGAAAGUUCUUGUGCAAGCUUUUGGAGUCAGAUAAGCACACGCCUGGCGCUAGUCUCAUUGAGGAUGGAUCGUACCACCACUAUAGCCCUCAGUGUCCUGAUGUCUGUGUGACGGAUGGAGAAAGAUGUGUACAGCUGAACAAUAACCCAAACAAGCACCCCAACUGUCAAAUAGAAACAACAUGCCGGAACAUCAAGAAAAAUUUGCCGUCAUCCCUUGACGGCGAUUACGUCAUCGACCCUGACGGAGCUGAUGGGGCACCCCCAUUCAUAGCUCAAUGUGACAUGGUGACGCGUGACGGAAUUGGCGUGACGAUCAUUGGUCACGACAGUGAGAACAGGACAAAAGUACAAGGAUUUGAGGAACCUGGUUCUUACUCGCGUGACAUCGCCUAUCAGACAAGUGUCACGCAACUCGAGGCCCUGGCUUUGCAGUCAAAUCAAUGCGAGCAGUUUGUGAAAUACGAGUGCAAAUCAGCUGUUAUUUAUAGCCACUUAACCUUAAAAAGAUACUUUUGGUGGGUCUCGAGAAAAGGAGACACGAAGUACUCGUGGGGUGGGGCUCCGAUUGACAGCGACAUGUGUGGCUGUGCAGUGAGUGACGACGGCUGUUCAACGGCGACGGUUCGGUGUAACAAUUGCGUCCUUACAUCUGGGAUCAAAUGUAACUGCGACGUUAACGAUAACGUGUGGCGAGAAGACAGUGGUCUUCUGGUCGGCAAGGAACACCUUCCUGUUAUGCAACUGAGGACCGGAGAUACUGGGGGGAGCGGCGAGGAGGCUUACUACACCCUCGGUAAACUGAACUGCUACUGAGCCCUAAACACUGAAUCCAUAUACUCCCACAAUAACUGUAGAUAUGUAUUACCUGGAUAAGCAGGACCGUGGGAGCUGAACAAUAAUCUCAUAUAUUAGUGUCUUUAAUUUAGAUUAAAAAAAAUCAGUCGUAAAUGACAUCGUUCUAUGUUAGAAGAAGCCUCUUCUUUUUGUUACAAAGAAUUGGAAUGGAAUCGUAAAAAUGCUUGCAAUUUUUCCAUUGAAUGGUAAAACCGUAUUAUCACAGCUGUAGGCACUGCACAGCACAAUUACCAAACCGAUUUUAGAGUUUAUUAAUAAGAGAGCUUUUUCAACCUACUGUAAGUUAUUACACCUGGCAAGGGCUGCCUGGACAAACAGGAAAGUGCGAUUAAGCUGGCAAUGGGCCUUUGCAGGCGUUGGCAUGUAAAAUCAUGCUAAUAGAUGAUUGCUCUAUGGAUUAUAAAUGUUUCACGAUUACUGUAUAUAUCAUCACGUAUAUUACCUGACUAACCAGGACUAUUACCGAGCCCAUUGUAUGUCCACUGCAUCCUUAGUUUAGAUAAAAAGAAAGGUAGAAAUUCCUACUGGCCCAGAUAAUUGGUUGCGUGUACUUUUUUUAGAAUGAUUGGAAUAGCCUGGAUAAACAGGGCAGUAGAAACCGAACAAACACAAUGACCGUUGUGUGUCUACAUUCAUAACCUGGAUAACCAGGACAGUAGAAACCGAACAAUCACAAUGACCAUUGUGGGUCUCUCCAUUCGUAGCCUGACAUGUAUAUUUCUCUGCUUGAUCUGUCAAGGAAAAAAGGACCCAUGUUAUCUGUGUUAUGUAAAUACCUUUUUAAUCUACCACUGAUCUGUCGGCAGGGUAAUUUGUGUUAAAUACAUUAUAACACAAUUAAUAAAAAGUCGAAGGAUUUU